CCACACUAAUCUUACGUCGGCGUGUCUCUUUAUGUAAAAAUCACAAUUUUAUCCCCUCCCCAAAAAAAUAUUCGACAUCUCCAUCACCGCGUUUUCAUUUCAUCCUCUUUUUGCUUUUGAAAUUGAAACUAGCCUUAAUAAAAAAUCCCAAUUCCACCACCUCACAACUACCCAAAAGUUAAACCACCCCUUCACCCACCUUACUCCUCCCUACAAAACACCACUAUAACCACCACCAGUCACCACCUAACCACUCAUAAAGUCAUAACAAAUCAAAACAUGGGAGUAAGCAACAACAUAACAGCCAUACUAAACUUCAUAGCACUCCUAUGUUCAAUCCCAAUCAUAGCCUCGGGCCUAUGGCUAGCCUCAAAGCCCGACAACGAGUGCGUCCACCUCUUCCGAUGGCCCGUUGUCGUGCUCGGGUUCUCAAUCUUAGUCAUCUCCUUGAUGGGUUUUGUAGGGGCUUAUUGGUACAAAGAAGGCCUAUUAGCUCUUUACCUUUGUUGUAUGGCUAUACUCAUAACUCUCGUUCUUGUCCUUCUUAUCUUCGCCUUUGUCGUAACUCGGCCCGAUGGAUCAUCCUGGGUACCGGGCCGGGGGUACAAGGAGUACCGGCUAGAGGGAUUUUCUAACUGGUUUAGGAACCAUGUUACUAAUGAUGACAGUUGGUUUAAGAUUAGGAACUGCUUGAUUGACACCAAUUUCUGUGCUAAGCUCAAUACUCAGUUUGUCGGUGCUCCUGACUUUUUUCUUGCUCAUAUUUCGCCUCUCCAGUCAGGAUGUUGUAAACCUCCGGACAUCUGUGGGUACCAGUAUGUGAAUCCAACAAUGUGGAUUAACCCAACAAACCCAUCAUCUGACCCGGAUUGCGCGUUAUGGAGCUCGGAUCAGAGCCAACUAUGCUACAACUGCAACUCCUGUAAGGCUGGGCUUCUGGGAAACCUGAGAAAUGAAUGGAGGAAAGCCAAUAUAAUCCUCAUCAUUACUGUCGUUGUGCUCAUCUUUGUUUAUGUGAUCGCUUGUAGCGCGUUCAGGAAUGCACAAACUGAGGACCUCUUUCGCAAGUAUAAGCAAGGCUGGACUUAGCGCCAAGUCUUGGAUCAUCUUCGCCUUAUUUUGGAUCAUUAAAAGUUGUUAUUGUAGUACAUUUACUACUAACUUAUUUUUGUACAUAUAAUGCAAGUGUAUGCUCAAGUUUACAAGUAUUUGAUCAUAGAAUAGAGGACAACUUGAAUUGGGUAUCAUAAUGUACUACUCCGUACCAUUUUCAAAGAGAUUCCUACACUAGGCUUUUCUUUGUCUUUUCAAA